AUGGACUUUUUAGGGCUAAUUUAUGAAGUGAUAAAGUAUUUUUGGGAUCCAACCUAUAGAUACAUAGAUCAUCAUCGAAAACCUGCAGAACAUAUGAAUGAGCUUCGAAGGAAAGUGGAUGCUUUGAAAUCUCGAAAGAAAGAUGUUGAAUCCAUUAAGGAUGCGGAGCUUCGUCACAGAAAAGAGGUGAAGAAAGAAGUGGAGAACUGGUUUAAAGAGGUACAAAGGGUAAAGACUGAAAUGAAAGAGAUUGAAAAGAAGUUCUGUGCUGUUUCAUACUUAUUAUGCGGCCAUCUAGGAAAAUUUCUUUGCGGAAAGAUUGAAGGAGUAAUGGAAAUUUACCAACAAGGUUGUUUCCCUGAUGGUGUGGCGGUUGAUGGGCCUUCAAUUGCUGGGAUGACAUUAGCAACACCAAAUCUAGAGGGUGAAAUCAAUAUGAAAGAGCAAAUUUCAGAGUAUCUGAUGGGUGAAGAGGUUGGAAUGAUUGGAGUAUGUGGAAUGGGUGGUAUAGGGAAAACUACAAUCAUGAAGCAUAUCAAUAAUCAAUUGUUGAAGGAUAAUUGA